CAAAACAAACUAAUGCCAGCACUGAGAGUUCUGAUGACACUACCGAUUACUGUAAACGUGCUUCUCUAUGGUCACUACUUUUACAGAAAUGACGAUGACGAUCUUUCGAACAUAUACUUAGAAACAUUGACAGCUCCUGGCAGUAGCUGUACCUUGGAGCAGUUUGUGGGUCGAUUGUCUGAGGCAGCCAUACCCCACUUGCCUCCCACCCUCCGGAGCCUCGCCCUGCGCCUCACACUGCAGGAACUGCCCGUCCUCACACAUCGCUUGCAAGAUCUUCGCAGAGUCAAUAAACUAAGUAUUAUCGUGGAAGCUACGGGCCACGAGGACCUGGCCACCUUGCCCAGUCUGCAAUAUAGGGGAUGUGGACUCGAACUGACAAUCGUCUGCAGCUUCACCGAUUACAGCCCCGACCUCGACUGGUGUUGUCGUCUGGCUCGGCAACUUUGUCCUCGCACCAGCACCAGAAUUUUCUCGUACCCUUUUCUGAACUUCUGCGGCACUGACAUCACCAGUGUGGGCGUGGUCAAACUUCUGAGAGGACUUGACCGUGAGGGCGUCACCACCAACAACCUCUUAGUGGAGGUCACAGACUAUCUCUCCCUGGAAGAAGAUCAUCGCCUAAGAGAUCUGGCACUAAAGUUCGGAAUUCUGGGUUUUCAAGUCACUUGGACUGGAAGAAGAAGAAGAAGAAGAAGAAGAACCGACUAACUCACGAAGACACUCUUCCGAUACUCUAGACCUCUUGGAGCUGAAUGUUUGUGUCUGCUGUUACAAAUUUGACUCUGUAAUUAUGUCUUAAAUGAGUUGUAAGAAGUUAGAAGUUUGAAUGAAUUUCAACGUGUUUUCUACAUUAAUGAGUUGUAAAUUACUGGUGGUGCAAAUAUGCUCUUACAGUGUUCUGGACCUCUGACCUGUAAUCAUUGAAAUGAUAAUAUUUUCUUCCUCGUCAUGCUAAUAUACCCACGACUUGCAAACUUUCCAACAGCUACUGUAAAUUAUAUUACUGCUAAAUUCAUGAUUGAUAUAGAUAAAAGUCAAUAUUGGAGAAUCAUGUAGUCAUGAUAUAUAUAUAUAUAUGGUUACUCGCAAUCAGUAUCAGGAAGAUUAAAUAUAAAUAAAACUUCGCAAAGUUUCCUUCAUAUAUUAAUGAAGGAAUGGUUCUUAGUGCCACUGAACUUCAAUUAGAUUUUGGAUAAUGUGAUCGGAAUAAGAUAUUCUAACUAUGCAAAGCUCGUUGGGAUGUUGAAUCAGUACUUAAGUAUUUCAAUAACACGAACACGGAUCAGGUCAAGAGUGCACAAUUACAGAUGUUUAAAGCAAUGCCACAACAUCACAACACAACCACCUGCGCCCAAGCUUCCAACACAAAUAAUUUUAUGGCAAUGGGUCGUCACAAUCUAUUCAGGCCUUCUUGAGGUUAUCUUGAGAUGAUUUCGGGGCUUGAGUGUCAUCGCGGCCCGGUCCUCGACCAGGCCUCCACCCCCAGGAAGCAGCCCGUGACAGCUGACUAACACCCAGGUACCUAUUUUAC